AUGGUUGCGAAGAGGAAAAUCGCAAUCCUCGGUGCAGGAGCGAGUGGAUUGACAGCAAUUAAAUGCUGUUUGGAUGAAGGGUUAGAGCCAGUAUGUUUUGAAAGGUCAGAUGAUAUCGGGGGACUUUGGAGGUACACUGAAGAAGUAAUAGAUGAUCAGGCAUGCGUUGCCAAAUCUACGGUGAUCAAUACCUCAAAAGAGAUGAUGUGUUAUAGUGACUUUCCCAUUCCAAAGGAAUUUCCAAACUACAUGCAUAAUACGUAUGUGAUGAAGUACUUCCGUCUUUACGUCGACAAAUUUGACCUGGCAAAGCAUAUCAGAUUCAAAACGACAAUCGGGUCUGUGAAAAAAGCAGAGAAUUACAGCCAGACUGGCAAAUGGGUGCUUGAAUUAACAAACUUAAACACAAACGAAGAGACCAACGAAACCUUCGAUGCUGUCUUAGUAUGUACAGGACAUCACGCCGAGAAAAAUAUUCCAACUUUCCCAGGUUUGGAGAAGUUUAAAGGCAGGGUACUACAUAGUCAUGAGUACAAACACGUGAGAGGUUAUGAAGACAAGAAUGUACUUAUUGUUGGUAUAGGUAACUCAGGUGGUGAUGCGGCCGUUGAAAUAAGCAGAGUUUCUAAGCAGGUGUAUCUGAGUACGCGGAGAGGCGCUUGGAUUUUGAACCGAGUUGGGCAAAAUGGUGUACCCCUUGAUCUGAUCUUCACCAAUCGCUUCUCAGAUGUCCUUAGGAAAGUUGUUCCAACACCUAUUCUAAUGAGCCUGGCGGAAGGGCAGGUUGAAAGCCGUUUUAACCACGAGAAAUAUUCAUUAAAACCUCAGCAUAGAAUAUUCCAGCAGCAUCCAACCGUGAAUGACGACCUUCCCAACCGUAUCAUAUGUGGUGCAGUCCAGAUUCGCCCUGAUAUCAAACAAUUUACAGAAAAUGGCGUUGAGUUUGAUGAUGGGACCACAAUUAAUGACUUAGAUGUUGUCAUAUUAGCGACAGGGUAUAAAUUUGGAUUUCCAUUUUUGGACAAAGAUGUUAUUGAGGUGAUCGAAAAUAAAGUGAAUUUGUUCAAGUUCGUCUGGAAUCCAGAUUUGGAGCACCCUACAAUGGCGUUUAUAGGAUUCUUUCAGCCCUUGGGUGCCAUAAAUCCUAUUGCAGAACUGCAGUGUAGAUGGGCAGCGAGUGUUUUUAAGGGUGACCUCAAACUUCCUUCCAAAGGGCUCAUGUGGGCCGAUAUCAAAAGGAAACAGGGUGAAAUGGCAGAGAGGUACUACAAUUCAAAACGCCACACCAUACAAGUAGACUUUGUGUCAUUCAUGGAUGAAUUGGCAGAACAAAUUGGAUGCAAACCGGAUAUAUGGAAAUUGUUUAAAGAAGAUCCUAGGCUGGCUCUAAAAUGUUUGUUUGGUCCAUGCAUGCCCUAUCAAUACCGACUGGUUGGACGAAAUUCAUGGCCGGGAGCCAAAGUGGCCAUUCAGACAUUGUGGGAAAGAGUCGAUGCUCCGCUGAAGACACGCCCUACUGGGAACAAACCGACAUCAGGGACAACAAGAUUUAUAUUCCAGUGCUUCCUAGUGUUAAUUAUAGCAUACAUUUUCAAAAUCAUCUUUGGGUUCUGAGUGAAAGUGAAACUGUGAAUGCAGUUUUCUUCUCAACUGGACUAGUUUUAUGCUUUCAAAAUAAUGUAAUGUCUAGUAUACUAGUAGUAGUAUGUCUAGUAUAUCCCUACACUGACUAUUAAAUAUCGAAGAUACGUUUAAGAAUAAAAUGAAAUGUAAAGAAGAUACAACAAAAUAGUGGUAUGCAAUAUGGUAUUCUUUUCAUUCCUUAAAGCUUGUUAAAAGGAUGUUUUUCUUCAGUUUAUAACUAGACUCUGCAGGCAGGGUUCAGUAAUGACAGAGAUAUGGCAGUGUAUAAAAGGACAACAAUC